AUGCCGACCAGGGUGUUGUCAAGCAAGGGCUCUAAGAAGGCCGCCACUAAGGCUAAGACCGCGCGCUCCACUGACAAGAAGAAGCGCAGGAGGAGGAGGGAAUCCUACGCCAUCUACAUCUACAAAGUCUUGAAGCAGGUGCACCCCGACACCGAGUCUACGAAACUCACAAUCAUGUCUGGACGCGGAAAGGGAGGAAAGACAAAGGGGAAGGCAAAGAGCCGCUCAUCCAGGGCUGGACUUCAGUUCCCAGUGGGCAGAAUCCACCGUCUCCUGCGCAAGGGCAACUACGCCGAGCGUGUUGGAGCUGGUGCACCCGUGUACUUGGCUGCCGUUCUCGAGUACUUGGCCGCUGAAGUUCUCGAGCUGGCUGGCAACGCUGCCCGAGACAACAAGAAGUCAAGAAUCAUCCCUCGUCACCUGCAGCUCGCCAUCCGCAACGACGAGGAGUUGAACAAACUUCUGUCUGGAGUCACCAUCGCUCAGGGUGGUGUGCUGCCAAACAUCCAGGCCGUUCUUCUGCCCAAGAAGACCAAGCAGGCUGGUGGCAAAUAAGCACCUUCUCUGGC